AUGGGCCGUAUUGAACCUCACAAGGCCGCUGCUCUUGCCAACUUGGAAUAUGGUUGGAUGGCGGAUAUCGAUUGGGAUGCAUUGGCCCGUGGCUGCGAUGGGCAGCUGGAACAUACAAAUCGUCUCAUUAAUGGAAAUGCAUUCAGCAAGAGCUUGGACAACGUCAUUGCGGCGGCAGAGAAAAAGCUGGGACCAAAUGGUAUGAUCUACUACACGGGAGAGGGUCUGAUGUUCUACGAGCUAAACACGUGGGAUCCCCAUGGCUCUAAUCCUCACAAACGAAGCCAAGACCGUCCCCUGGAGGGAACGUUUGAGGGCUUUGUGAAUGAGUGUGCGGAGAUUACCAAACUCCUCGAUCCGGACGCUCAGUUUUCCAAACAGACUUCGGUGUCCGAUGAUACUACUGAUCUGACUCUUGUGGAGUCGAAACUAUCUCUCAGUGCUGUGUCCGAAUCUUCUGAUAUCGAAGUUCCGAAUGUGCUGCCAGACGGAUACGGACGGGUUUUCCACCCUCAGGUUCAGCUUCAUGAGCUUAUUGCCAAUUUAGUCAUCUAUGAGAGGACCAACAAGAACGAGAUGGACAAUGGGUAUCCGGAAAUUCCAGAGAAAUUCACUUUGGACUCAUGCCCUUGGACACCUGCAGACGUUGACGAUGACGAAUCAAUGGAUGCAGGAGGCCAACAGAUUGCUUUGGCAUCGUACAUCAAUCCAUUAUCCGAUCCCACUGCAUGGACUCGGUUGAUCGACUACCCAUCUGACAAGAUGACCGUUUUGGUUGCAUCAACGCACCGUAUAUGA